CAGGACCAAGUUUCUACUACGACUACAGCACAAGAAAUACGCGUGUUGACAACAACAUUCCGAAAGUCUAAGGACGAGGAUGAGCUCCGCUCCGCUGAAUCCGUUGGACGUGCCGCCAUACCAACUCCAGCCUCUGCUCGCCAGCGUCGGUGACAACUCUGCACGACUUCCCGGACAACAGGCUCAUAUACGAUGUGCACAAGCCCUAGGUGCUGAGCUAUACGUGGGGUGCUCGAAUGGCGAGCUACUUCGCUUCUCUAUCCAGUUGCAAGAAGGAUCAACUGCAGACUCAUAUACCCUUCUGUCACGUCAAGCUGUAGUCCACGAGCGGCCUAUACAGGAGAUCGUUCUUCUUCCAAGUCUCUUGCGUGCACUGGUCCUGGCAGAUCAUCAGGUCUACAUCUACACGCUUCCUUCGCUGGACCAAAUACCGCCGACCGUCAUCAAGCCCAUACGCAACGUGGUUACUAUUGCGGUCGACGAACAACACUUGCGGCGACCACCACCUGCAGACCCAUUAUACCCAGCAGACCCGGUCGACUUCUGCGUGAUCAAGCGGAGCGCCAUCUCGCUCUACAGCCUCUCCAAGGAGAGGUUGUUUUUCCAGAAGGAAAUCCCUCUCCCCUCAGGGGGCUUCGUCGCUCGGCGCACAGGCAAGGCGCUGUGCAUUGCCGACAAGGAGUAUUACAAUGUCAUCGACCUAGAAUUGGCGUCGAUGGUGCCUCUCCUGCCACUCUCACAAGCGUCAGAUGGACAAACCAUCAAACCCAGUAUCACCGUCAUCAGCGAGAACGAGUUCCUGAUUGUAUCUUGGACGGGCGCGAGCAGCCUGGGCGUGUUCAUUACAGGCGACGGAGAGCCUGUGAGGGGCACACUGGAGUGGCCAGCUCACCCAGAAACCAUAUCACUCGAUUAUCCGUAUAUGACCACCCUGCUUCCGAACGAGACGAUAGAGAUCCACAGCGUCGAGACACAGGCGAUCGUGCAGGUUGUGCCGGCACCUGCUGACGGCGCGCAGAUCCCGGAGCGGAAGAGACUCAACAGCUCGGCGAACGGGUUUUUCGUGCCGUCGAAUCAACGCUCGGACAAGCUGCGCAAGACACCGGUGCGCCUGGUGCGGAGGAGGGGCACGAGCGAGGCAGGUGGAUCGAGCGGGAAGGAGAGCGGCGGGGAGGACUUGGAGGAAGUUCCUGGGAUGUCUGUAUAGCGCGCCAAUCUAAUCUAAUCUGCUUCUGGGACGACGUAAUGGCGCUGUUUACGUACG